GUCCACGUGGCUCCUCAGCCGGCGCGGGAGCAAAGGGGGCCAGGGAGGUUCUCAUUGGUGCUGCCUGCCGGCGGAGACAGACGAGGCGUGCCGGGCGUGCCGGCCGUUCCGGAGCUCCUGAGAGCGGCACGAUGAGCACGGCAGAGGUCGGUGGGACGCACUGAAGGCCGCUGCUGCGAAGCCAAGGGCCAGAGGAACGGCCUCGCCAUGGAGAAGUUCAAGGCUGCCAUGCUGCUGGGGGCCGUGGGGGACGCGCUUGGGCACAGAAACGCCCACAAGGACAGCAGUGCCUUGGGCAGGAAGGUCCAGGAGGGGCCGCAGACAAGCGGGGGCCUGGACCACCUGCUCCUCUCCCCAGAGACGUGGCCCGUGAGCGACAACACCAUCAUGCACCUGACGACGGCCGGGGCCCUGACCACAGACUACUGGUGCCUGGACGACCUGUACCGGGAGAUGGUGAGACGCUACGUGGAAGUCCUUGAGAAGCUUCCGGAACAUUGGGCAGACCCAGCUACCCUGGAAGGCUGCUCGCAGCUGAAGCCGGAUAACUACCUCCUCGCCUGGCACACACCUUUCAACGAGAAGGGCUCGGGGUAUGGAGCCGCCACCAAAGCCAUGUGCAUCGGCAUGCGGUACUGGAAGCCCGAGCGCCUGGAGACACUCGUGGAAGUGAGCGUCGAGUGUGGCAGGAUGACCCACAACCACCCCACAGGCUUCCUCGGGUCCCUGUGCACGGCCCUGUUUGCAUCAUACGCUGCACAAGGGAAGCCUCUGGAGCAGUGGGGCAGGGACAUGAUGCGGACGAUCCCGCUGGCUGAGGAAUACUGUAAGAAGACCAUCCGGCACCUGGCAGAAUACCAGGAGCACUGGUUUUACUUUGAAGCCAAAUGGCAGUUUUACUUGGAGGAGAGAAAGAUCAGCGACGACACGGGAAGCAAAGCUGUCUUCCCUGACUGCUACGACUCCGAGGCGAGGGACAAGGCUUACCGAAAAUGGAGCUCGGAAGGCCGAGGGGGCCGGCGGGGCCACGAUGCCCCCAUGAUCGCCUACGACGCUCUCCUAGGAGCAGGCGACAGCUGGGCGGAGCUCUGCCACCGGGCCAUGUGUCACGGAGGCGAGAGCGGGGCCACGGGGACCAUCGCGGGCUGCCUGUUCGGGCUGCUGCACGGCCUGGACGCGGUUCCCACGGGCCUGUACCAGGACCUGGAGCACAAGGAGGAGCUGGCGCGCCUGGGCGAGGCUCUGUACCACCUGUCCACGGAGGAGAAGUAAAGCCCUCCCGCCACCGCCCCUCCGUGGGGAGCCGCGUCCAGCUCUGGCGGCCCACGGCCCUCCUGUGUGUGCGCCACGCCUCACUGGCCAUAAUCACAUUUUAACCCUCUCCUCCCCCGAUGUCAGAACCCUACCUGCCGUAGGAAAUGCACUGUCUGUCCUGCGAGGAUGUUUGUCCUGCCCUCACGUGGCCCGGAGGCAUCACUGGCCCCACGCCGGGUCUGUGGCCCCGAGCCUCCAAACACGGGAGCACAAACAGUCUCGGGGACGAUCGUGUAUUUCACUCCGCGCACGACUAACGCUACGCGCUCACUCACGCCAACAAAACUAACCACGCCCGCCGUGCGUGGACCGAGCGCGCGUCCCCGCCGCUCCUGGCCUCAGACGCCGGCAGCCCACAGCGCGCUACUUCCAGCCGGCGUUUUUAAUCACACUAGAUCUUAAAAUCAGCCCCUUUGGAAAGAGUGCCUGAGAAAACUGGGAAAUAAAGGGUCCUCGUGCGUCCCCGCUUCUCCUUCGGUGUGGUCUGCAGCCGUCUCGCGGGCCUGCCAGGCCCGCCCUCGGCCUCCACCACCUGCUCCACCAGCCUUGUGGCUGGGGACCCGCAGCUGCUCGCCGUGGCCGGGGCGCCCCUGUCUGCGAGUCUUGAGGAAGAGAACCCUCGCUCUUGCUAGAAAUAACCUCGGACACGGUCUUUCUGAAGUAGCAUCUGGUGUGAAUAAAAGAGCAAUUGGUGUUUCACGUUUAA